GCAACUCCCCUGGUAGUAGUGUCUUCAGGGUUGAAUUAAACAAGAGUGUGUCUUUCUUUAAAGAGAUAAUGGUAACCUUUUUUUUUUUUUUUUUUUACAGAUCUUUCCAUUUUGUCCUAUUUCCAGUGUUAGUGCAACGAGCUUAACAUGGAGGUUUCUCUGUCGUUUUAAAAACCUUCCAAUGGCGUGCAUGUCUGGGAAUAUAGGAAGCAGGGACAUGGGGCGCUGGAAAACAGCCUACUUUAUCUGGAGUGGAAAUACAUUGUCUUACUCUGGGAUGGGUUAGGAUUACCCCCCUUCGUGGCCUUUGACAGGUUUAUGUAUGUAUCUUCUUGUGUUCUGUAAGAUAUGCCCACCUUCUGUAUGUACAAUAGAUGCUUGUUCCAUUUACCAUCUCCCUUCUAGAAUUUAAAGACCCAGCUAUUACAUCUUGUUUACUCAAUAUCAUUCCAGUUAAAGAAAAAACCCUACAUGAACAGAACAUGCCAUGUUUCAAUCUGGCCCCACUGGCUUUUUCUCUGAACGCAAAACGUGUGUCUUUUACACCAGGGCUUUCUCCCCACCCCAGGGGGUGUCUUCCAUUCUUUUGUGGCUCAGUUUAAGGCGAAAAGGGCUCCAAACCACUAACUAACCGGAGGAGAGCCCCUUCUUCCACCUCCAGGGAGAAUUUCAGAUUUAAUUCCUCUGAAGAUAGCCUGCUCUCUUUCACUUAUUUUGCCACCAUUACGAGGAGAACAGAACACCACCCUGGCUUCAAGAUCCUGCCUGGGUACAGGCUCACGGUCUUUCUCAACCAUCCUUGGCGAGGCCUUGCUUCCUUCCAUUCGAGCCUGUUGACUGGGGCUGCUUUUAACCCUUUCAUAUUUGCAGAGAAUGCAACCGUGUGACAGUAACUGAACACUGAUCCAAAGUCUUUCCAAAAGGUCAAGGUUCACAAGAACAUCUGAUCAAAUUCAUGACCAUGGGGGAUAUGAAGACCCCAGACUUUGAUGACCUCCUGGCAGCAUUCGACAUCCCAGAUAUGGUCGAUCCCAAAGCAGCUAUUGAGUCUGGACAUGAUGACCAUGAAAGCCACAUUAAGCAGAACGCUCAUGUAGAUGAUGACUCUCACACACCAUCAUCUUCCGAUGUUGGUGUCAGCGUGAUUGUUAAGAAUGUUCGGAACAUCGAUUCUUCUGAGGGCGGGGAGAAAGAUGGCCACAAUCCCACCGGCAAUGGCUUGCAUAAUGGGUUUCUCACAGCGUCCUCUUUGGAUGGUUACAGUAAAGAUGGAGCAAAGUCCUUGAAAGGAGAUGGGCCUCCCUCCGAGAUGACUCUCAAAGACUCAACAUUCAGCCAGUUCAGCCCUAUCUCUAGUGCUGAAGAGUUUGAUGAUGAUGAGAAAAUAGAGGUGGAUGACCCUCCCGAUAAGGAGGAUGUGCGUUCAAGUUUCAGAGCAAAUGUGUUGCCAGGGUCGGCUCCCCAGCAGGACUACGAUAAACUAAAGACACUUGCGGGGGAGAAUGCAGGCAAAACUGGAAUCUCUACAUCAGGUAAUGCAGAUAAAAACAAAGUUAAGAGAGAAACAGAAGCAAAUUCCAUAAAUCUGAAUGUUUAUGAACCUUUUAAAGUCAGAAAAUCAGAAGAUAAGUUGAAGGAAAACUCUGAAAAGGUGCUUGAAAACAGGGUCCUUGACGGGAAACUGAACUCCGAGAAGAAUGACACCAACCUUGCUGGCAUCGUAGCAUCCAAGACCAAGUCGGCCUCUAAGCUCUCCUCUUGCAUAGCUGCCAUCGCAGCACUGAGUGCUAAGAAGGCGGCUUCAGACUCCUGCAAAGAACCUGUGGCCAAUUCCAGGGAAUCCUCUCCGUUACCAAAAGAAGUAAAUGACAGUCCAAGAGCAACUGACAAGUCUCCCGAGUCCCAGAGUCUCAUCGAUGGCACCAAGAAAGCUUCCUUAAAGCCACCAGAUAGCCCCAGGAGCGUCUCAAGUGAGAACAGCAGCAAAGGCUCCCCAUCCUCUCCCGCAGGAUCCACGCCAGCAAUCCCCAAAGUCCGCAUCAAAACCAUUAAGACGUCCUCUGGGGAGAUCAAGAGGACAGUGACGCGGGUGUUGCCAGAAGUGGAUCUUGACUCUGGGAAGAAGCCUUCUGAGCAGACAGCAUCUGUGAUGGCCUCUGUCACAUCCCUUCUGUCAUCUCCAGCCUCAGCAGCUGUCCUGUCCUCUCCCCCCAGGGCACCUCUGCAGUCAGCUGUGGUUACCAAUGCAGUUUCUCCUGCAGAGCUGACCCCCAAACAGGUCACCAUCAAGCCUGUGGCCACUGCCUUCCUGCCUGUGUCUGCUGUCAAGACGGCAGGGUCCCAGGUCAUCAAUUUGAAGCUUGCAAACAACACGACAGUAAAAGCCACAGUCAUAUCUGCUGCCUCUGUUCAGAGUGCCAGCAGUGCCAUCAUUAAAGCCGCCAAUGCCAUUCAGCAGCAAACCGUCGUGGUGCCAGCAUCUAGCCUGGCCAAUGCCAAACUUGUGCCAAAGACCGUGCACCUUGCCAACCUUAACCUUCUGCCUCAGGGUGCCCAGGCCACCUCUGAACUCCGCCAAGUGCUAACUAAACCUCAGCAACAAAUAAAGCAGGCAAUAAUCAAUGCAGCGGCUUCACAACCACCCAAAAAGGUGUCUCGUGUCCAGGUGGUGUCAUCCUUGCAGAGUUCUGUGGUGGAAGCUUUCAACAAGGUGCUGAGCAGUGUCAAUCCAGUCCCAGUUUACAUCCCCAACCUCAGUCCUCCUGCCAGUGCAGGCAUCACGAUACCAACGCGGGGGUAUAAGUGCUUGGAGUGUGGGGACUCCUUCGCACUGGAAAAGAGCCUGACCCAGCACUACGACAGGCGUAGUGUGCGCAUUGAAGUGACAUGCAACCACUGUACAAAGAACCUUGUUUUUUAUAACAAAUGCAGCCUACUCUCCCAUGCUCGUGGGCAUAAGGAGAAAGGAGUGGUAAUGCAGUGCUCCCACUUAAUUUUAAAGCCAGUCCCAGCAGAUCAGAUGAUAGUUUCUCCGUCUAGCAAUACUUCCACUGCGUCUCUCACUCUGCAGAGCUCCGUGGGAGCUGGCGCACACACUGUAACAAAAAUCCAGUCUGGCGUGACUGGGACGGUCAUAUCAGCUCCUUCAAGCACACCCAUCACUCCUGCCAUGCCCCUCGACGAAGACCCCUCCAAACUCUGUAGACACAGCCUCAAAUGUUUGGAGUGUAACGAAGUCUUCCAGGAUGAGACGUCACUGGCUACACAUUUCCAGCAGGCUGCAGACACAAGUGGACAAAAGACUUGCACUGUCUGCCAGAUGCUGCUUCCUAACCAGUGCAGUUAUGCAUCACACCAGAGAAUCCAUCAGCACAAAUCUCCCUACACCUGUCCCGAGUGCGGGGCCAUCUGCAGGUCGGUGCACUUCCAGACCCACGUCACCAAGAACUGUCUGCACUACACGAGGAGAGUUGGUUUUCGAUGUGUACAUUGCAAUGUUGUGUACUCUGAUGUGGCUGCACUGAAGUCUCACAUUCAAGGCUCUCACUGUGAAGUCUUCUACAAGUGCCCUAUCUGUCCAAUGGCAUUUAAGUCUGCCCCGAGUACACAUUCUCACGCCUACACUCAGCAUCCUGGCGUCAAGAUAGGAGAACCAAAAAUAAUCUAUAAAUGUUCCAUGUGCGACACUGUGUUCACCCUGCAAACCUUGCUGUACCGCCACUUUGACCAGCACAUUGAAAACCAGAAGGUGUCUGUUUUCAAGUGUCCAGACUGUUCUCUUUUAUAUGCACAGAAGCAACUUAUGAUGGACCAUAUCAAGUCUAUGCAUGGAACAUUGAAAAGUAUCGAAGGGCCUCCCAACUUGGGCAUAAAUUUGCCUUUGAGCAUUAAGCCUGCAGCUCAGAAUUCAGCAAACCACAACAAAGAGGACACCAAGUCCAUGAAUGGGAAAGAGAAAUCGGAAAAGAAAUCUCCAUCUCCUGUGAAAAAGUCAGCAGAAUCCAAGAAGGCAGCCAGUCCCGGCUGGACAUGUUGGGAGUGUGACCGCCUGUUCACACAGAGAGACGUGUACAUCUCACAUGCACGGAAGGAACACGGGAAGCAAAUGAAGAAGCACCCAUGCCGCCAGUGUGACAAAUCCUUCAGCUCCUCCCACAGCCUGUGCCGCCACAACAGGAUCAAGCACAAAGGCAUCAGGAAGGUUUAUACCUGCUCGCACUGCCCAGACUCUCGGAGGACCUUCACCAAGCGACUGAUGCUGGAGAAACACAUCCAGCUGAUGCAUGGAAUCAAGGACCCAGAUGUCAAGGAGAUGUCUGAAGCCACCAAUGAGGAGGAGACCGAAAUAAAGGAGGACACCAAGGUCCCAAGUCCCAAGCGGAAGUUGGAAGAACCGGUUUUAGAGUUCAGACCUCCCAGAGGAGCCAUCACUCAACCACUGAAAAAGCUCAAGAUCAAUGUGUUCAAGGUUCACAAGUGCGCGGUGUGCGGCUUCACCACCGAGAACCUGCUGCAGUUCCACGAGCACAUCCCCCAGCACAAGUCAGAUGGCUCCUCCUACCAGUGCCGGGAGUGCGGCCUCUGCUACACGUCCCAUGUCUCGCUGUCCCGGCACCUCUUCAUCGUGCACAAGCUCAAGGAGCCUCAGCCGGUGUCCACGCAGAAUGGGGCCGGGGAGGACAGCCAGCAAGAGAACAAGCCUGGCCCCGGGGACGAGGCCCCUGACGGCGCCGCGUCAGACAGGAAGUGCAAGGUGUGUGCAAAGACCUUCGAAACAGAAGCUGCCUUAAACACGCACAUGCGGACACACGGCAUGGCCUUCAUUAAGUCCAAAAGAAUGAGCUCCGCUGAGAAAUAGCCGCACAUGUUCCACACGGAAAAUCCUGUCCACAUUGGAAUUAAACAAACAUUUUUGUUACGAGUUUGCAGUAUAAUAGAGUUGACAGUACUGUCUAGGCUGUUGCAAUAUAUUUCCUCCCAGUGUACCCUCCUCACCUCAGAUUAUCUCCUCCAUAAGUAUCAUGACAGUAUUUGAGUUUAAAAGAGUUUGUAUAUAUUUAAAUGAAUAACUUUUAUACUCUUUGUUACAUGUUUGUAUCAGUAUUUAGUGGAAAAUGUUUUGAGUUUUUUGGGUUAGAAUUUUUCUUUUUGUACUGUUUCUUUAAAACAGAGUUCUUAGGGGCAGUUCCUGAAUUCAGAUAAACCAUUUUGUAUGUUACAAAUUUGAAUGGGUUCACUAAUCAGAGGCUAAUAUUAAUGCCUUUUUUAGUGUUUUUAAUUUUUAGAAUUCACUACAUGAAGUGUAGGUGAUCGUGGUCUCAAAAACACUAGGAACUUUAAGUGUCUUAGCGCUGCUCCCAGCGUGCCUGCCCACCAGCCCGGCCGGGAGACAGCUGCACUCACUCAAGGGCGGCUCCGACCGCGCCCAACCCAGCGCCCAACCAGGUAUGUUUAAAGUAGCCUUGCAGGGACCUUCUCCCCAGCAGUGGGUAAGAUGGCUCAGUAGGAUAAGCGCUUGACUGGCAAACGCAAGGAUCUGAGUUCAAUCCCUGGUUCCGCCAAAAAAAGAAAAACAAACACGAGGCUGAUCAUUUGAGGGCACAUCUGCAAAGCUGACUCAGGAGUACAAGGACGUAAGGCUUUCACAGGGCUGGACUACUGUAAAGGUUACAGAUAUGCAGUUGGAACAGUAGAUGUCCAGUCAGGCUUUUGUCAUGUAACUUACUAACUGUCACACAAAGAAGAGUAUCAAGUGUUUCUUUGGCUCUUGAUAGGAGAAAAAAAGUCAUAGUUGACUUAACCCUUUGCUGUCUAACCAGUUGGCGUUUCCUGUUCUGGGUGCUGCUGCCAGACGUUCUGGUACUUAGAGUUGGGAUGCACAGCUUUAACCACCGACUUACAGUGCAGCAGCCUGCACGUGCAAUUGGCCAUUAGAUGAAGCACUGAGCCACCUGGGUUUUCUUUAGUCACUUCAGUAAGUACAGCUCGCAUCUGUAGUCCCGCUUAUUGAAGCAUCACAGAGGUACUCUUCUGUCCCUUCUGUUUGUAGUUCUCUGGCAGUUCAAUGUAUGUGUGUUUUUUUUGUUAUUGUUUUGUGGUUUCUUUUGCAUUUUAUAUCUUGUAUUUAUCCCUGAACAUGUUUUUUACCUUUUUUUUUGUAAGAAAAAUUCUUUUGUGUAUAUAUAGAUACUUGCAUGAUAGAAUGUAGUCAGUGUUUGGUUCCUCAGAAGGUCUUGCUGCUGUCAGGUGUUACACACUGCAUCCAUCAUAACUGUAUUAAACACAUUUAAUAUGUAAAUAAACGUGGGACAUUUGGCCCUUGUGCUUCUGUGAGAGAGUUAUUGAUGGUGGGUCUCUGACACCUUCCUGAAGUUAAGGAAGUGAUUUAUUGCUGGGACAGACCAAAGGGUACUGCCAAAUUCUUCCUGCUCAGAAGAAUGGUGUAUUCAUUCUCAUUAAUAAUCAGCUAUUUGUCACUUCCUUUUUGACUCCAUCAGUACAAUCCAAGGGUGUGAUUAAGUAUUCCUCAACUUGAAGUUUGAUUGCUGUUACUCGUUACAGUUAUAUUUGUAUUGCUCUAAGUUGUAAUCAUAGCACUUUCACAUGUUUCUGCAUUUGGACCUUGCAAUAAACCUAUGUGGAGGGCCGCAUGGGUCUGUAUAGCCUAGUUUUACAGUUGAGGAAGCUGAGCUUAGAUUAAGUUCUUUGCCUGAGCCCUCAUAGCUGGUAAGUGGCUUUGCAUAUUAGAACCCAAAUAUUUUGCUCUAAAUCUAGUGCUCGCUCUACGUGGUUAUGUACAUAUGGACAAAUAUUCAUUUAUUCAACAAAUAAAAGUAUGUGUAAAACAUG